CUCUUCUGUACCGGUAGUUGUCAGUAGAGACGCUGGUCUCGUUCCGCUUCUGCCUCUCUCAGGUAGGGCCUCAGAGCGAAGAUGGCGACGGACAAGCAGAAACAUGAAGGCAGGGUGAAAAUCGGACAUUAUAUUCUUGGAGACACGCUAGGAGUGGGAACGUUUGGAAAAGUCAAAGUUGGCCAGCAUGAGUUGACCAAGCACCAGGUGGCGGUAAAGAUUCUAAACCGGCAGAAGAUUCGCAGUCUGGAUGUGGUGGGGAAGAUUCGACGCGAGAUCCAGAACCUCAAACUCUUCCGUCACCCGCAUAUAAUCAAACUUUACCAAGUCAUCAGCACACCAACCGACAUCUUCAUGGUAAUGGAAUAUGUGUCAGGAGGAGAACUCUUCGACUACAUCUGUAAAAAUGGAAAGUUGGAUGAGAAGGAGAGCAGGCGUCUGUUCCAGCAAAUCAUCUCAGGGGUGGAUUACUGCCACAGACAUAUGGUGGUGCACAGAGACCUCAAGCCUGAGAACGUCCUGCUGGAUGCGCACAUGAAUGCCAAGAUUGCAGACUUUGGCUUGUCAAACAUGAUGUCAGAUGGAGAAUUCUUAAGGACGAGUUGCGGCUCUCCUAAUUAUGCUGCUCCAGAAGUAAUCUCUGGAAGGUUAUACGCCGGGCCUGAGGUGGACAUCUGGAGCAGCGGAGUGAUUUUGUAUGCCCUGUUGUGCGGAACGCUGCCGUUUGAUGACGACCACGUGCCAACACUCUUCAAGAAGAUCUGCGAUGGGAUCUUCUUCACGCCUCAGUACCUGAACCCGUCCGUUAUUAGCCUUCUGAAACACAUGCUCCAGGUGGACCCCAUGAAGAGAGCCACCAUCAAAGAGAUUCGGGAUGAUGAGUGGUUUAAGCAAGAUCUUCCCAAGUAUCUGUUCCCAGAGGAUGCUGCAUAUAGCAGUAAUAUGAUUGAUGAGGAGGCGCUGAAGGAGGUGUGUGAGAAGUUUGAGUGCACUGAGGAGGAGGUGCUCAACUGCUUGUACAGUCGCAAUCACCAGGAUCCUCUUGCUGUGGCCUAUCACUUGAUCAUAGACAACCGCCGCAUUAUGAGUGAGGCUAAAGACUUCUAUUUAGCCUCCAGUCCCCCAGACAGCUUUCUAGACGAUCUGCCUGCUCAUCACUCUGCUAAGAUUCACCCUGAAAGAGUGCCAUUCCUAGUGGCCGAGACUCAACCGCGUCCUCGACACACGCUGGAUGAGCUUAACCCCCAAAAGUCCAAGCAUCUCGGUGUUCGGCGGGCCAAGUGGCACCUGGGAAUCCGUAGCCAGAGCAGACCGAAUGAUAUCAUGAGUGAGGUCUGUCGUGCUAUGAAGCAGCUGGACUAUGAGUGGAAGGUAGUGAAUCCUUAUUACUUGCGAGUGCGGAGGAAGAACCCAGUCACUGGCAUACAUACAAAGAUGAGCCUCCAGCUCUACCAGGUGGACAGCAGGACCUAUUUACUAGACUUCAGGAGCAUAGAUGACGACAUGAUGGAAGUAAAAUCAGGGACCGCCACGCCUCACCGCUCUGGCUCAGUUGGUAACUACCGGACUACCCUAAAGAACGAGAAAAACGAAUGUGAGGAUGCAGUAAAGGGCGACGCGUCCGCACCCUCCACGCCUCCGAUAUCCGGAGGGAAAGCGGCGGAAAGCUCUCUGGCUUCUUCUCUUACCUCCUCAGUGGAUUCCACCGGGGGAGAGAUCCUCCCCCGUCCAGGAAGUCACACCAUAGAGUUCUUUGAGAUGUGCGCCAACCUCAUCAAGCUGCUAGCACGAUAACUUGUGGUUCCUCUGAUGCCUUCUCUCUCACUCUCCUCUGUCUUCCCUCUCACUCUCUGGCUUGAUUUCUCUUUCUUCUAGAAUACUCUCUACCUCUUCAUCCUCUGAUAUCUGUGUCUUCAUCCACAGCAGUCCUUCUAUCUCUAUUCUUUUGUCUCUCUUUUUCUCUCUGUGUCUUUAGAGCAAUAAGCAUGCAGACAGACUCAAGACUCCAUGCAUCCCACUCGCAUGAACAAGCUGAAUGGUCUGUGGCCCUACUGUCGCCAGCAUCAGCCUGUUUGAGGGGACUGAGAAAAGGUGCGAAAGGGAAGAGGAUGGAGAUUGUUUAUUGUGCCACAGUCAAGGUGUCAGAAAGAUUGCUAAGCCACUUUAUAGUAUCUAUACUCUUUUAGAGAUGGUUUUACAGUUCUUUUCCGGGUUUUAUAGCAAGGAUUUCCUUGCAGAGAGUGAGGCAUAGAGUUAUACACUGAGCUAGCUGUACUGUACACAAUGCUGUUGCAAUUCUUGGCGGACCAAGAGAUUUAUAGAGAAAGAGCUCUUGUGGGCAUGUGGGCCGACAAGCGAGACUGAAAGCGCUUUUGCACAGUUUUACCUGUAAGUUUUUGUGGGCCAGUGUCAUGACUGGUUAUCCCAUUGACACGGCCUACUGGGAAGGGCACUCGAUUAAGAGGAGCCGAAUUAAAAAGCGGGCCACUGCUGGGACGGGCCAAUUUAAUAUGGUGGGCACUUUAACACAAAGGGACAACUUGAUAAGUCAGCCUUUCUUAAGGAAGAGACCAAUGUAAGACCCAUUUAUCCUGAGGGAGUGCAAUGUCCUUGCCUCUGUUUCAUAGAUUUUUGUUUGUUUGUUUGUUUGUCACACCUUAGACUUUUUUUUCUAUUUGCUCACAUUUUACAUAAAUUUAAGUAUAUACAGAAUUUAAUGGAUUCGGAUUUAUGUUUAUCAGUGCUUUAAAUGGGGUUGUAGAUUGUAUUGAAAUUGUGAUAUUGGACUGGAUUAUUUUUUUUAAAGGAAUGUUUGAUUAUAUCACUGUAAGAUGUUUUAUUCCAUACACUGCUUUAUCAAAAAAAAAAAAUGUUUUUAGUUGUUUUACCAAACAAGGGUUGCUUCAAAAAUAAGUACUCCUUAAAGAAAGAAAUCAAAUGUUUCUGUACACCCCCCCCCCCCCCCCCCCCCUUUUUUUUUUUUUUUUUUUUAAUUAAGUUUCAGAUAGGCCCAGUAUUAAAACUGCUGGAUUUCCUUAGUAUUUUUUUUUUUAUAUAUAUAUAAAGUGUAGGCUGCAAAGAUAAGCAUUUGUGAACACUUUAGAAGAGCUGACGUGCCCAAUAUAGUUAAUCAUCACAAUGAAUAUCCAUUAGAGUUUAAAUAUUGACCGAUAUCCAUGAAAAGUGACACACUGGCUGAGUGAGCCACAUAGUCAUGUCUUAUUCUUGUGUUUGAAAGCCAGUGUGAAUCCAUAAUCGUAAGAUUGCGCGAUCUGAAAAUGGGAAAGCACAUCUUACAUUCAUGUGGCUUCAUGUACCAUCUUAAGUCCACUAAGAAAGGUCAUCCUGUCAACAUGAAUGGAAAAUGAUUUUACUUACUGACCGGAGUAAUCCUCCUCCAGAUCAGUUCCACAGAGUGCAGUGAAUACAAUAAAUAGGAAUUUAAAUAGGUUGCUCUUGUUUGUUUUUUUUCCUGUCCGGAGCUCCAGCUAAGUUCAAAUUAAAUAUUCCAAAUGCAAAGCUGAAAAAGCUAGAAUUAAUAUAUGGCACAGCUUAUUUACAUUUUAAAGUCAUGUGAUAUAAGCAAGAAGAAUGUCUUAAUGCACAUUCUUACCACAAAGUGUAACUUGAUUGAUGAUGAUAUCCUGACUGGUCCUAACAAAUGCAGCAACAUCACGUUCUCAAACAAAAGAAAAAAAGAAAAAGAAAAAAGAUUUAAGGCCAGUAAUUCUGAUUUGACUGAAUUCUUGAGUAUAUGUUACAUGUUCAUGUCUAGUUUCCUAAAAGAAGGAAAAAAUGGUUUGGUCCUUUUUGUUCUAAGCUGCACUGUCAUUUCAGAAUCUUUAUUAAUGAGUCUUUGAAGCUAAAACUUGACAAUCUAUGCUUUGUAAGCCAGCUUAAGACAAAUCCAUGAGAAAUUGUUUGGUUUUGCUCUGUCCCCUUUACCUUUUUUUUUUUUUUUUUCUUUAGAAGGUUUUUCCCUGUGUAGUCUUGUUCAAAUGAUAUUUCUUCCUUAUCAUUAGGGAACAAUUUUAUUCAGCCUUUGAAAACAUGUUUAGAAAAUCUGUUGAUGUACUUCUCUUCACUGCAUUUAUGUUGAUUAUCUGCAGAGAUGCACCUCACAGAGGCUUGCCAAUGUAAAUUUACAGAUAAUUACUGAUAAUUUACAUUUAAAAAGAUGAUUUGUAAAUACAACUGCCUAAUAAAAUAAUACAUGAAGACA